GAUUAGAACAGAGAUGUGAGCAGAAAAAAACUAACUCUGUCAAUAACCUCUAGGAGAAAUGAAGUGACGAGUAAAUGAUUCAGUAGAUGAUAUUGUAGUGAUGAAGUGAAGAUCAACAGCUCUACACAGAACAAAGAAAUGUAUACAGGAUUGGAACAAUCUGAGGGCAACUAAAACAUCAUCAUCUGAAGUGCUGUCAUGAGCUCCACAAAGAGACAAACACACACAAACACAAUGAACAACAGAGAAUCUGCUGAACUCAGCUGUGUGUCCAUGAAGAGUGAUGAGUCAAUGGAUCCUCCACUGAAGUUCAAUGCAGGAGACUCUGGUGCAGAUGUGAAUUUGAUUGACAGAGAAUCUGCUGAACUCAGCUGUGUGUCCAUGAAGAGUGAUGAGUCAAUGGAUCCUCCACUGAAGUUCAGUUCAGGAGACUCUGAUAAAGAUGUGAACAACACAAAACAUGGUUGUAAAAGAUGGAAUCCUUUCAAAGAGAAGCACACAGAUUUUGUUUUCAAGGAGCUUGAACACAAAAUCAUCUCUAUGAUAAGGAAAGAGCUGAAGAGCUUCAAGAGACUCCUGAAACCAGAUUACCCAGCAUGCUCGGAGAGAGAGGAGGAGGAUGAAGAUCAGAUGAGAGUCAGAGAGGAGCUUCUGAAGAUCACACUAAACGUCCUGAUGAAGAUGAAGCAGACAGACCUCGCUGACAAACUACAGAGCAAAGUCGCACCUUUGUGUGUGAAAAAACACAAAUCCAGCCUGAAGGAGAAAUUCCAGAGAAUUAAUGAAGGAAUAUCCCGUCAAGGAGGCUCAACACUUGUGAAUGAGAUCUACACGGAGCUCUACAUCACAGAGGGAGGGAGUGAAGAGCUGAAUCAUGAACAUGAGGUGAGACAGAUUGAGACAGCAUCCAGGAGACACACAGAGACACACGGGACACACAUCAAAUGCAAUGACAUCUUUAAAGGCUUACCUGGACAAGACAAACACAUCAGAAGUGUGCUGACUAAAGGAGUCGCUGGAAUAGGAAAAAGCGUCUCUGUGCAGAAGUUCAUUCUGGACUGGACUGAAGGAAAAGCAAAUCAGGAUCUUCACUUCAUAUUUCCACUGGCGUUCAGAGAGCUGAAUCUGAUGAAGAACACAAAUAUCAGUCUGAUGGAUCUUCUUCAUCAGUUCUUCAUACAUACAACACGACUCAAGACAUCCAGAGACUUUGACGUCUACAAAAUGGCGUUUAUCUUUGACGGUCUGGACGAGUGUCGUCUUCCUCUGGAUUUCUCCAACAAUCCCAGUUUGUUUGAUGUGACAGAAAAAGCCUCAGUGGAUGUGCUGCUGACCAACCUCAUCAAGGGGAAUCUGCUUCCUUCUGCUCUGAUCUGGAUCACCUCUCGACCAGCAGCAGCCAAUCAGAUUCCUCCUGAGUGUGUCCACCGGCUCACAGAUGUACGAGGCUUCAAUGAUCCUCAGAAGGACGAGUAUUUCAGGAAGAGAAUCAAAGAUCCCAGUUUGGCCGCUGGAAUCAUCAGACACGUGAAAUCAUCCAGAAGUCUGUACAUCAUGUGUCACAUCCCAGUCUUCUGUUGGAUUUCAGCCGCUGUUCUCGAGGGAAUGUUGAGUGAAGCAGAAAGUCAAGCACAGAUCCCCAAGACUCUCACUCAAAUGUUCACACACUUCCUGAUGUUUCACAUCAAACUGAAGAGUCAGAAGUAUGAUGGGAAAUGUGAGGUAGAUCUUCAGCAGGCUAGAAAGACUCUGGUGUCACUGGGAAAACUGGCUUUUCAACAGCUUGAGAAAGGGAACCUGAUCUUCUAUGAGGACGAGCUGAGAGAAUGUGACAUUGAUGUCAGAGAAGCGUCGCUGUACUCGGGACUUUGUACUCAGAUCUUCAGAGAGGAGUUUGGACUGAACCUGGGGAAGGUCUACAGCUUUGUGCAUCUGAGCGUUCAGGAGUUUCUCGCUGCUUUAUUUGUGUUUCUCUCGUCUUCUGCACAAACAUCAUCAGGACGAUGGACUGAUUUACUGAAGAGUGAAGUGGACAAAGCCUUACAGAGUGAGAACGGACACCUGGACCUUUACCUCCGAUUCCUUCUGGGUCUCUCGCUGGAGUCCAAUCAGACCAUCUUACGAGAUCUACUGCCACAGACAGAAAGAAGCUCUGACAGCACACAGCAAAGAGUGACAGAGUACAUUAAGAUGAAGAUCAGAGAGAAUCCUUCUCCAGAAAAAGCCAUCAAUUUGUUCCACUGUCUGAAUGAACUCAAUGAUCACUCUCUAGUGGACGAGAUACAAACAUAUCUGAACAGAAAAUAUGACCGGUGCCGUCUCUCUGGAGUCAGUCUGUCUUCUGCUCAGUGGUCGGCUCUGGUGUUUGUGUUACUGAACUCAGAUCAGGAGCUGGAUGAGUUUAUACUUAGUAAAUAUGACCGAUCAGAUGAAUGUCUACUGAAUCUGCUGCCAGUGGUCAAAGCAUCCAGAAAAGCUGAUCUGAGGAGCUGUAAACUGACAGAGAAAAGUUGUUCAUCGCUGGCGUCAGUUCUCACAUCAAACUCAUCAAGUCUGACAGAACUGAACCUGAGGGACAAUAAUCUGCAGGAUUCAGGAGUGGAGCUGCUCUCUGAUGGACUGAAGAACACAAACUGUAAACUGAACACAUUAAAUCUGAGGAGCUGCAGGAUUGGAGAUGAAGGUUUUGUUGCUCUGGCUUCAGCUCUGAGAUCAAACCCAAACUCACACCUGACACAACUGAACCUGAGCGGUAAUACUCCAGGAGAUUCAGGAGUGAAGCUGAUCUCUGAUCUACUGAAGGAUCCAAACCGCAAACUACAGAAACUAAAUCUGAUGAACUGUAAUCUGACAGAGAAAAGUUGUUCAGCACUGGCGUCAGUUCUCACAUCAAACUCCUCAAGUCUGACAGAACUGAACCUGAAUGGCAAUAAUCUGCAGAAUUCAGGAGUGAAGCUGCUCUCUGAUGGACUGAAGAACACAAACUGUAAACUGAAGACAUUAAAUCUGAGGUGCUGCAGUAUUGGAGAUGAAGGUUUUGUUGCUCUGGCUUCUGCUCUGAGAUCAAACCCAAACUCACACCUUACACAACUGAAUCUGAACUAUAAUUAUCCAGAAGAUUCAGGAGUGAAGUUGAUCUCUGAUCUACAGAAGGAUCCAAACUGUAAACUACAGGAAAUAGAUAUUGAGCCUUGAUUGUCUCAAUCAUCUACAAGAGCUACAAAUGACAAAACAAACAACAGUCUACAGUCAUAAACAACAAUAUGUGCUUACUGGAUGAACAGCAGCAGUGAGACAUCGGAGCUCAACAUGAGGGACAUCAGCUACACUUAAAAUCACGGGAUGUGGGAGGUGACGUGUGUGGAUUUAUGACAGCUAUAUUUCCCAAAACGAACUGUGCAGCAUCAGCAAUGGAGCAAAAAAAACUACACAAUGGACUGUAUCAUAAAUUCUCCAAAGUUUUUUUGAUUUUUAUUUUAAAAAUUGUAUUACAUUUACAUUUAGUCAUUUGGCAGACGCUUUUAUCCAAAGCAACUUACAGUGCACUAAUUACAGGGACAAUCCCCCUGGAACAACAUGGAGUAAAGUGUCUUGCUCAAGGUCACACUGGUGGUGGCUGCUGGGAUCGAACCAGCAACCUUUUGAUUUACCAGUUCAGUGGUUUAACCCACUAGACCACCAUCUCCAUGUAUGUCCAAUUAUAACACUAUACUUUGUAUUAUAUUACCUUUGCAUCA